AUGGCGUCCACCAACGAUGUCAAGACCAAUCCAGACACCUUUGACAAAAAGCCAUACCUCGCUGACAACGCUGAAGUUGACAUCAAGCAAGGUCAAAUGUCUGGCGAGGGCGGACUCUCCGAGCACCAGAAAGGGUUAGAAAAGAAGCUUUUGUUCAAGAUUGACACUCUCAUUCUUCCCAUCAUUGUUGUAGUCAGUUAUUACCCUAUUCCCAACUCACAGUCCUACGACUAAUGUGCACAUCAAGGUUUAUUUGCUCAACUACAUUGGUACGCCCUUUUCUCCAAGACUCUUUGAAUUUAUGCUAACAAAGCGAAAGACCGAAACAACUAUGCAGCUGCUCGCUUGCAAGGGGUAAAUAUAUCCGCCCCUGUUUUAUACUUCAAGCUUCUAAUCAAUAUCAUUUAGUUGGAGGAAGACCUUAAUCUUCAUGGUGAUCAGUAUCAGACUGGUCUCUCUGUCUUCUUCGUCGGCUAUGUAGGUGCUCGAAUCCAUAUUUGGGCCUUGAAUCUGGUGUAUUGAUGCACAGUUUCCCAAUAGGUUCUUAUGCAAGUGCCAUCCAACGCGCUGCUGAACUACUCUGGAAGACCUUCCUUAUAUCUUGGAUUCUGGAUCGUCGCUUGGGGACUUGUGUCAGCUCUCACCUGUCUCGUCAAAAGCUUCGCUCAUAUCGUUGUCUGCCGGUUUAUCUUGGGGUUUGUCGAGGCGCCAUUCUUCGCUGGCGUUCUCUUCUACGUCUCAAAAUGGUAUACUAGGUCAGAACUAGGAUUUCGCAUGGCAAUAUUUUACUCAGGAUCAUUACUUUCUGGGGCCUUUGGAAACCUUAUUGCCGGUGGUAUUCUAAGAGGAUUGGAUGGCAAACAAGGCCUUGCGGCCUGGCAGUGGUGUAAGUUUUGAUUCUCAAUAUUAGUGUAUCAGAUCUACAGGUACUAACGGCCUUCCAGUAUAUAUCAUUGAGGGAGUGUAAGUUUCUGUGGACUUGAAAACCACUUAAUCCAGUAUAUAAUAUGCUGACUUUACUCAUUAGCGUUACUAUAUUUGUGGUAUGUAUUUGAUCAACGUGACAAUAGUAGGACUGAGCUGAUGACCCGUGUAGGGGUUUAUUGUGAUGCUUCUCCUUCCCGACUUUCCCCAUACCUGGAAAGUCCUUACCCCUGAGCUCAGGGCUGUUGCUAUUCAACGUAUGGCACUUGACGCGAACCAGGACGACGUCGAUGAAGAAGGGGCCAAGUCUCACGUUCAAGGAGUCAGGCAGGCUUUGACUGAUCCCAAGGUGAGCUUACUCAUAUGAGUUGAAACGAAGCUCGAUAUACUAACAGUGGAUUAGACAUAUAUCCUUGCUAUUAUGUACCAUUGCCAAACUGGAUCUACGGGAUUCUCCAACUUCUUUCCAUCCCUGACACAGACCCUCGGUUUCGACCGAACAACUUCUCUACUCCUUGUAGCGCCUCCCUACAUCUUUGCCGUCAUCUGGGCCUAUGGCCAUAGUCUCUACUCUGACAAGGUACAGAACCGUUUCUGGUUUUGGGUGUAUCCUAUUCCUCUAGCAAUUACCGGCUGCUUACUUUUUAUGUUUGUGCCAUUGUUCGGAGUACGAUACUUUGCCAUGUUUCUCAUGUCCUUUGCCUUUAUUCUGAGUCCAACAGUAAGUUACGUCUUAUGCAAGUAA